AAUCACAAAAGAGUACUAUUGUACUGUGUCUUGCUUGUCUAUCGCGCUCUGUCAUAUUGUCAUUCAUUCAUGUCAUGUCGUAGUUAUUUUCGCGAUCUAUUGUGUUGUGUAUGUAUCUCUGUUCGGUACGGUUUUCUGUGAUGUGGGUGUAAUUUUGUUGAAAUGUAUUUACUGAAAAAUAAUAAAUCCAUCUUUAUAGACUGUCUCUACAUUCAUUAAAUAUUGUGUUAUUAGGUGAUCUGUGAAGUGUUUGCGAUUUGACGUAUGAACUCCUAUUUUAAGUGAUUGUGAGUACGAUUUUAGUUCCUGAAUCAAUAAAUUUUAGCUUCAAGUUAGUAUUACAAAAGUGUGCAAACAAGUUUUAGGUAUCAUAAUAAUUAUGUCUGCCGUGAGGACAGGCCGUGUGUCCAAACCGAGAGGAAGUCACCAUGCGAAGAGCCGAUCAGUUCUGAGAAUGAUGGCCAUAAUGCAGGACAGGAAUAGUGAGGAAGUACCUAAGGAAUUCCUCGAGACAGGUCGUACGGGUCGCAGGAACGCCAUGCCCGAUAUACUGCACCCGCAGGGCGCCGAGGUCACCACCUCCGACUUGCCCUCGCGUCUGCAGCAGCUCGCCACUUCGGAUCCCGAUAAUCCUCAGCCCGGUCCUUCGAAAUCUGAUCAUGACGUAAAGAACGCCGACGAGCCGCCGUUAAAAAAGGAAGGCUGCAGUUGAGCUAUCUCUCUCACUCGCGGUCCCGUUCGGACUAAAGUGGACUUGCCCAAAGCAUAAGUAAUCUCAAUCAAUUAUAAUAAGUACUGAGUUAUGUACCCCCACCACAGCUUAGGUAUAGUGUACAAAAUAGCUUUUUAUGUUGGUGGUAAUAAGGUAGGUUUUUGUAGGGAAUCUAAAUUAUUUAGGUAUUUUUAUAGGGGCUCGAAGUCGAAUUUAAAUUUCUGAACUGUAUGUAAUGCUUAGGAUGUGGUAGUCUUGUAAGUUUUCGAAGAUUUUACCGGAGGUUAAUUAUUCCUGCUUAAUGGAAAAUGUUAAAACAAUAAGGUAAAUACGAAAAUCAAAUAAACGGACGUCAUAUUUGUGCAAUUUAUUUAAUUGUUUAUUGUAAAAGUUAUAAUUCCUAUUUAUAACUAUAGUUGUUUUUAAAAAUUUGAAGUGCAAUUAGGUAAUUGAGAAAGCGGGUCAUAUCAUGCACAUAUUGUAUAUCCCCAUGCGCUUAUCGAAAUAAAUAACGUAGCAUAUUUGAUACGUAUAUUUGAAAAACAAAUAAUUUAUUUUAGUGACACUUUUUAUUGCCAUAAAAUAUAGAAAAAAAAUCUUAAGCUGUGGAAAGGAUGUGUUUGAAAAUGAAAAGGACAUGAUUCAAAGAAGCUUUAUAUACAUUUAAUUUUAUUUGGUUCACUUUUAAAUUUAAGCACAGUUACCAACGUGAAGCUUUAGGGUCGUUUUAUUUUGUUUGUUAAGUAAAAUAUUACAACUAGCAACCGUCUUUGCUGUGUUAUAUAUAAGCUUCAAAAUAAUCAUAAACUAAACAGCUCUAAAUUAAUUCGCCAGUGAAAGACGCAUUUUACUAUUCAAUUGACAUAUUUAAAAUCAAUAUGGCGAUACAAAUAAUUUCACAAGAAUGACAACCCACCAGCGUAUUGGCGCGAAAAUGAUCAAACGUAAAGUCAAUAAUGACAAUGACAGCCAACUCAAAGAUAGGGUUGCCCGUAGUGAAAUCGACAAUUAGUGCUGCCAGUAGUAGUCAAUGUUUUUCUCUCUAACAGUAGCAUAGAAGUUAAAAGAUUGAAUAAAACACAGGAAAUAUUGCGGAGACGGACACAGCGAAUUAAACUUAUACUUUGUAGUGAUAUUGGUGAACUUAGGUGAGGUGUGUUGUAUUUUCCUUUUUAAAUCUUGACUAAAAUUAGGUACUACGUUAUUGACAAUACCGAGGUUUAUAUAAUCCAAUUGGGACGCGUGAAAUUAUUAUAAAUAAUUUGUCAGGUGUUCCUUAUAUAAAAUAACAAAUAUUUAUGCUUAUUGAAUUGUUUUCAUUAAAAAAAUUACGAAACAAAAGGUUUUCAAUUAUUUUGACAUUGAUGGCGUAGAUGUUGGUCACUAUUCGAAUGGUAUUUGUAACUAAAAUGUAUGAUUGUAGCUACUAAUUUAUUAGAUUGUGAUGUGGUUAUAAAUCAGACUAUACGCUUAGUCGAGUUAUAUUUACAUAAUAUUUAUUCAAAUUAGUGUUAGUUAAAUUAUAACACAUGUCGAGUUGAUUUCCAAUAGUACAAUUUAUUUUGUUUGUGGAGUGAGAUGUUCUUUUAAGUAUAAGUGGUGCUUAUUAUUUAUGUUUAAUAUAUAUGUAUAUUCUAUGUAUGAAAAUAUACAUUUUUAAAUGUAAUCCCAUUUCAUAUCUAUACAGAUGGUCUUAUUACACCAUUCUAAAGCCAAUUUUUAUACAUAACAUUUUGAUUGGGUUGUUCUGUUUGAGACCUUCAAAGAAUUUAGCUAUUUGACAUACACAUAGGUGUUGAUGUGACACGGGUAUUUGAUACUUUAUCACGUAUUUGCUUAUAAAUUGUAUUUGAACAAUAAAGAGUUUAGUUAUGUUACGUGUCAGGCGCAGGCAUAAUAGGAAUAGGCCUUUUAAUGUUUUUUUAUGUGAAAUAAAAAAUAUCUAUUGUGGUUUACGUUUUAUAAAUUAAGUUAUUGCCUCUUUGUUUUCAAAAGUUUUUGAAUUAUUAUAUUUCAUAUUGCAUGAACAAUGCUAUAUUGGAUAUAAAUAAAAAACAGGUAUCUGGAAAUAUUAUGACGUAAUUCCUAGUUUCAAAUUCAAAGGUAUUGUAAAUAUCUUAAAUUUUACUUUAUAUAAAUAUAUUUGUUUGGUUUUUAUCGACAUAAUCGUUUUCCGCGGAGAUGUGGGUAUGCAAAAAGUGGUGCUGUUGUGUACAGUCGUGUGCAGCUGCAAUUAUAGAUAAAAGUAUUUUUAAGUUUACUAAAGUGAUAACAAAAUUCUCUUACUCGUUUAGUUUCACAUUGUAAGAACUGAUCUCCGGAUAAAAAUUAGGUACUAGUAAUACGACGUAUUACUGAAACUUUCUGUCCCCACGUGGUAGCACUAGUACAUGUAGUAAACACUAUUUAUUGAGAGUAGUGAGCAAAGAGUAAAGUAGCAAUGAGCAUUGUAGGAAUUUACACCUGUUUUCACUAACCUAAAUAAAAUAAGGAAAGGCCUAAAUCUUACGCCUAAGGAUAUUAGAUUCAUUCCUAAUUAUCAUGUUUUCUUUUAUCCUUUGACAUAAUUGUAAUCUGUCAUAUUACAAAAGUGCUUUGAUCAAGGCGCCGCAUAACGCAUGUCACUUUAUACAUUAAUUAAUGUUGUUAUGUCGUUAUUAGUCAUUGGUGAAAUGAAUGUUCAACUAUUUGCGGCAGAAACGUGCCCCCCCACCCUUAAAUCCGGCCCUGUCUUAAAUAUUUAGGCGGCAGAUUUGAGCGACUCCUAAGUUUAGUGAAUACGUGCAUUAAUAUAUUUUGAAUUUACAGUUAUAAAAAGUUAUUUAUAUGUAAGAAGGAAUGGAAACAUUCAUUAUCAAAUGACAAAAUGUUUGAAAGUUUGUUUGUUUACUACAAUUGCUGGCGCUGCCAUGUAUGCCCGAGCUUUAUGUAAUAUUACCUGUUGUAUAUAUUAAUUAUUUUUAUUAUAACGAAAUUGUUGAGUAUCAAAGUGUUAUGUUUAUAUCAAAUACUUAAUUAUUAUGUUGCGCACUGAAACAUUAUUGUCGUAGAUUUUUUUUUAAAUUUAGUGAUUAAUACAAUGUCGUUUUAACGAAUUUUAGUAAUAAAAAGUAUGAGUGAGAAGUUUAUACAGUUGAGUAAGUUUAACACGAACCCUUGUUUUUUAUAACGAAUUCGUGUACAAUGAAUGAAAAAUACAAUAUUGCAUCUACUGUACUUAUUUAAAAGCAAUAGCACGUUAGGCUACACAAAACUCUACUUACCUACUAGAUUUUAAACCUUAUUACGUUAGCAGUAAAACCUAAAGAAAGUUAAAGAUCGCGAUUUAUUUUGUAAUAACCUAAUGUGCUGCUUGUACCUACUAUACUAUCUCAUUGACUGUGAAUGUGAUCUAUAAUGCACAAAUGAUAAAAAAAAACUUAGGUACCUACCUAACUUUCGCCUUAUCUUUCUACAUGAACAAACAUCGAAUUCAAAUAUUUUCGGGGCCUAUUGUAUAUCCUUAUUCUAAACCUCGCAAGAUGGGUACCGGCCGAUGGUAUGAAAUUAAAACUUGUGGUCACUAUUUAUUGUAAUAUUAGUGAUCGUGAUAUAUU